AUGGCCGCCGCUGGCGCGGGCGAGUCGGCUGCCCCGGCCGAGGCCUCCAGUCGAAUCUGCGUCAAGGGCCUGCCCAAGCGCUGCGACGAGAGGCGGCUGCGCGAGCACUUUUCAUCGCGCGGCGCCGAAGUGACUGAUGUGCGCAUCAUGAAGACAAAGGAGGGGCGGUCGCGGCUCUUUGGCUUCGUCGGAUUCCGCACGCCUGCGGAGGCGGAGGAGGCGCGCAAGUACUUUGCUCGAUCCUUCAUCGACACCUCGCGCAUCUCCAUCGAGGCGGCCAAGUCGCGAGGCGACGCGACGCUCGCCCGGCCGUGGAGCCGCCACUCCAAGGGCUCGUCGGCCUGGGCGCGCGCGAACCCGACGGACAAGGCGCCUGCCGAGGGCGAAGGCGGCGCCUCGGGUAUCGACCGGUGGAGGGCGGGCGGCGCGCGGCGCGAGGAGGAGGAGGAGGGCGAGGAGGCUUGCGGGAAAGCGGGCGGAGAGGCGGGGGAGGAGGAGGAGGAGGAGGAGGAGGAGGAGGAGGACGGGGAGGGGGAGGAGGAGGGCGAGGAGGGCGAAGAGCAGGAGGGCGGCGCCUCUGCGGCGGGCGGCGGCGGCGGCGAGGGGGACGGCGGCGAGGGGUUGUGUGUGGACGGGCUCGACGAGGGGCGGCUCUUCGUGCGCAACCUUCCGUACAGCAGCAGCGAGCCGGAGCUGCAGGAGCUGUUCGGCGCCUUUGGGCGCGUGGACGAGCUGCUGCUGCCCCUCGACGCAGAGACGCGCCGCGCCAAGGGCUUCGCGCACGUCACCUUCUCCAUCUGCGAGCACGCCGUCCGCGCGAUGGGGGCGCCCUCCGGAGAUGCGGACGAGAGGAGUCUCGCUUGCCGCAUCCUCCACGUGAUGCCCGGCCGCGCGCGCGCCCGCCCGGCGGCAGAGGCGGGCGGCGCAGCGGGCGGGACGAGCUCCUUCAAGCGGAAGCGCGAGGAGGCGCAGAAGGCGCAGGCGGGCUCGAGCCACAACUGGAACCCGCUCUUCAUGCGCGCCGACGCGGUCGGCGAGGCGAUGGCGGAGCGGUACGGCGUCGACAAGCGGCAGGUGCUCGACAGUGAGGGAGGAGGCUCGCUGGCGGUGCGGCUAGCGCAGGGCGAGACGCACCUGCUCAGCCGGGCGAGGGAGUGGCUCGCCUCGAGCGGCGUCUCGCUCGAGGCGCUGCAGCGGCUCGCCGCGGGCGAGGGCGGCGGCGCGGUGGAGCGAUCGCAGACGCUCCUCCUCGUCAAGAACAUCGACUCGAGCGUCUCGCGCGAGGAGCUGAGCAGCCUCUUCGCGAAGCACGGCCAGCUCGGCCACGCCCCGCCCCCCGCCCUCACACCUCGCCCCUCGCCCCUCCCAGGCAACACGCUUGGCCUCGUCGAGUUCGUCGAGGUCGGAGAGGCCAAGCGCGCCUUCCGCGCCCUCGCGUACAGCAAGCUGCGCGGCGCGCUCCUCCCACCCCCGCCUCCUCCUCCCACUUCCUCCUCCCGCCGCCUCCUCCCGCCGCCUCCUCCCGCCGCCUCCUCCCGCCGCCGCCUCCCGCCUCCUCCCGCCGCCGCCUCCCACUUCCUCCUCCUUGCCCUGCGCCGGGCUCACCUCCUCCCCCCCCGUCCCAGGCGUGCCCCUCUUCCUCGAGAGGGCGGCGGCGGGGAGCGCACCAUCUUCGUGAAGAACCUCAGCUUCAAGACCACGUCGGAGGGGCUGAAGGCGUGCUUCUCGACCAACGGCUGGACGGUGCGCUCGGCGACGGUGGUGCAGAAGCGCGACCCAAAGGCGGCGGGCCGCACCCUCUCGAUGGGGUACGGCUUUGUCGAGUUUGGCUCGGCGGCGCACGCGCACGACGCGCUCCGCCGCAUGGGCGGCGUGCGGCUCGACGAGCACCUGCUGCAGCUCAAGCUCUCGAGCCGCGAGCGAGCAAGCGGCGAGCGAGCCGCCGCCGCUUCGUCUGCGCGGCGCGCGCCCAACAAGCUGGUCGUGCGCAACGUGCCCUUCGAGGCGAGCAAGAACGAGCUCAAGGAGCUCUUCUCGGCGUUUGGCGUCCUCAAGACGUUGCGCGUGCCCAAAAAGUUCGACGGCUCGCACCGCGGCUUCGCCUUCGUCGAGUUCGUCUCCAAGGCGGAGGCGGCCAAGGCGAUGGAGGCGCUGCAGUCGACCCACUUGUACGGCCGCAAGCUCGUGCUCGGCUACGCCAAGAAGGAGGAGUCGGUCGAGGCCAUGCGCGCAAAGCUGCAGAGCCAGCAGGGCGGCGGCAGCAAGCGACGCAAAGCCGCCGACGGCGAUGACGCCACCGGCCUGGAGGAGGACCCUGAGGCGUUGCUCGACUUUAGCCUGUGA